AUAUAGACGCAGCGAAUAACGAAACAGAAAGAAUAAUCUAAAAUUAAAAAACAAGAAACUAAACAAAAACAAAUCAUGCAACAAUCUUUGGCUCUGUCUGUGAUAAUCGCCCUGCAGCUGCUCAGCUGCAGCGUGGACAGGACAUUGGCAACACCGAGCAAAGCAUCAGGUCCUGUCGCUGACUGCCCCAACUGCGUGGACGAGUCGCAGUACACGCCAAACAAAUGGACGAUGCCGCUGCUGAAGCUGGGCGAGAAGCGCUACUACCUGGGCAUCUUCUUCAAGGCGAAUUGGUUCAAAGCCACGCAAUACUGUCGCUACCAUGGCAUGCACUUGGCUAGCAUUUCAUCACAGGAAGAGAACGAUAGACUGGAGAAACACAUACGCGACUUUGGUUUGGGGCACGAGCAUUUCUGGAUAUCUGGCACAGAUCUGGCCGACGAGGGCAACUACUUUUGGAUGGCCACGGGCCGGCCCAUCACGUUCACCAACUGGAAUGCCGGCGAGCCAAACAAUUUCCGCUACGAGAACGGCGAGGAGGAGAACUGCCUCGAGCUGUGGAAUCGCGAUGGCAAAGGUCUGAAGUGGAACGAUUCGCCCUGCAGCUUCGAGACCUACUUUGUCUGCGAGGUGCAGCCCGUCUGAUGGAGCACAGCCCGACCGCACUUUCCACAUCCCACAUCUGCAUAAACAUUCGUAUCUUCGUAUAUACACACAUAUAUAUAGGAUAUCAAGCAUACGACAUGCGGCACACAAAGCAAAUCGUUUAGUUGGCAGAAACAAAACAAAUUUAGUUGUUAUGUUGCGUAGUGUACGCUAGUUGAUAAGUGUGUAAGGGCAUCUGAAUUUUGCAGUGCUGUGCUGUGCAUGUAUUAAUCUAAUUCACAUACGAACCCAAAAUUUCAACAUAAUUUAACAACAAUUUCGGUUAAGUUCAAGUUCUUGUUGAUGCUUAGCUAGUAAACCAAUUUAAAUUAUACGUUCGUCUAGAUCGUAGGAAUGUAAAAAGAAA